AUGGCUGGACAUGUUGCAACUGAAUUGAGCCAGCCGUCAUCGAAAAUUAUCGAAGAGCUAGUGAUUGAUUUUACAUAUUUCAAAGCGGAAUAUGUCACAGAAUUCCAACAAUUGGAAACCUUCCUUGAACGCAAUCCGUUAUCAGUGGAAGAAGCAGAACAGUACGGUAUGAUAAUGAUCAAAAUUGUUACUGUAUCAUUUCUUGCUACGGUAUUCGAAUGUGCUGAUAUUAGUCGCGUAAUAUUAUGGUGUAAAAAAACAAUUGAUGAUAAUGGUUCAACUAAUCCCCUACAAAACUACAACGCGAAGAUUAUCACAUUUGCCGAUGAUUUCAUUCAUGCCUCAUACGUGCGUGGUCGUCCACUGUUGAACACGUUUAUUUUAACGCAAGCACCACUUCCAUCAACGAUCAAUGAUUUCUGGCAAAUGGUCUGGCAGGAACGUUCGAAAUAUAUUAUUAUGUUAUGCAAACCUGUUGAUACCAAACUAGCACGCUUAUCACCAACGGCAACAAUUAUACAUUGUUUGGAUGGUUGUGGUCGUUCCGGUACUUUGGUCACUAUAGAAGUGUUACUGAUGCAUUUACUCAGAGAUUCAGCUCAAUAUGAUAAGUUAGUGCUUACGACAGCAAUGUUUGCACGACUUCAACGACGUCAUGCAAUUUCAUCACCGUUGCAAUAUCUUUUUAUUUAUCGUACAUUGCUUCAUUCGAUGCAACCAUUUAUUGUCUCGAAUAUCGCGCGUUUCAUACUUGGAUUGAUUUUUUCUGAUUGGGGUUUUAUUGGUAAAUACCAGAAAAUGAUCAGUUGUCGUCAUAGAUUUGAAUGA